AAGAAAUGGCGACUCCGGCGAUCUUCGAUUUUUGCGAAGCUCGAAAAACGUUUAAUCAAGUAGUUCAUAGUGUGGCAGAAGAAAACUCACUGGACCCUUACAAAGAAUUCAUCCAGGAUUUUGCAGCUAGUGAAAGUGAGAAAAGAGUGGCCGCAGACCAGGCGUUCAGAGAUGUUCUUCAUGAGCUCUGUGUGCUAAGUGAUGGUUGUGAGGUGUACAAGAACUUUAUCUGCCAGUCCAUAGAGGCAGCUCAGUCAGAUCUGAUCUCCACCUCAGUGCCUUUUCUGCUGCUCACAGACGCGUUUGAUGUGAUGCCCCUGGACCAGUGUGAGGUGUUGUUUAACCUUGUCGAGGAUAAAGUCCGCGUAUGGAAGUCGUCUGCAUUUUAUGUUACUGGGAAGAACUUUCUGUUACGAAUGUGCAAUGACUUGCUGCGUCGGCUGUCCAAGUCCCAGAACACAGUGUUCUGUGGCCGUAUACAGCUCUUCCUGUCACGCUUGUUCCCACUGGCUGAAAAAUCAGCGCUGAAUCUCAUGAGCCAGUUUAACAUAGAGAAUGUGACCUUGUAUAAUCAGGCCAAGUCAGAGCAAUCAAAUAGCCCUGAAAAGAAGGAGGGUGAGGGUGAUGUGAAGACUGAGUCUAUGGAGGUGGAGGAUGGAGAGGCAGACAAACCCAAAGAAGUGCCUAUAGACUACAACCUGUAUAGGAAGUUCUGGUCACUACAAGAUUACUUCAGGAAACCCAGCCAGUGCUAUGAGAAGAAGUUCUGGUCCGUCUUUGUUUCAAAUGCAGAGGCUGUAUUUGCAGCAUUUUCAAGCUCCAAGCUUGAUGAUCUCAAAUCCUCCAAGAAAACUCCAAGUCUGAGAAUGGGGACAUUAGAACCGGACAGCUUCUUUGCCAAAUAUUUAACCAGUGAAAAAUUGCUGGACCUACAGUUAAAUGACAGUAAUUUCCGGCGCUAUGUUCUUCUACAGUUCCUCAUCAUUUUCCAGUAUCUGAGAGCCUCUGUCAAGUUCAAGACGCCAGCCCAGAGUCUUACGGAUGAUCAGAGUGGAUGGAUGAAGGCCCAGACAGAGGCAAUCUACCAGCUGAUCCGGGAAACACCGCCGGACGGGGAGAAGUUUGCCCGCACUGUAGAACACAUGCUGGAGAGGGAGGAACACUGGAACCAAUGGAAGAAUGACGGGUGUCCAGACUUUGAGAAGAAACCAGAGGAGGGGGACUCAAAAAAAUCUCGCAGGCCAAAGCGUCGUCGGGUGGGUGAUGACCUGCAGAUCACGGGCGGGAAGGUGGUGAAGAUGGGCAACCCUGAGCUGACCAAACUGUGGAACCUUCACCCUAGCAACAUGGAGGCAUGCAAGGCAGAGGACAGGAUGUUCCUGCCAACACUGGAGGAGUUUUUCCAGGAGGCCAUAGAACAGAAUGACCCAGUAAACUUGGUGGAGGAGGAGUACAGGUCGACAAAUGACCAGACAUUCCAGUGGAAGGCAUUACGGCUGUUGGCUCGCAGAUCACCUCUGUUCUUCACAAACUCAGCAACCCCGGCCCUAGAGUUGAAGGUCUACCUCAAUGCCAUGCUUGGAAAACUUGCCAAACAGAUGCCGCGUGAGGGCAGUGAGGAGAUGAAGACGGGAGUGGAGGAUGAAGAAGAGAUUAAGGAAGGUGAAGAGGAGGCACAUAACUCCACCCAGCCUGUAGAGGAAACUGAACCUGAACCUGAACACAGGGAUAUAGUCCUCAACAAACACAUCAUACGCAGCGUAGCUGACAAGAUUGGGGGUGACUGGAAGAAGGUAGCGGUGGAGUUGAGGAUCCCUGAUGAGGACAUAACGUUUUUUGAUAGUGAGGGUGGGAGCGGGGCUGAUCUCGCCAACAGGGUCAUCACCAUCUGGAUGGAGAGUGACCCAGAGAAAAACACAGCAGAGUCCCUGAGGCUUGCCCUGAAGGAGGUUGGGCUGUCAGAGGUGGCGGACACGCUGGCUGUGCCCAGCUGAGAAAGGUUCUGGGUGAAAAAACAGGAACUUGAUAUGCCUGAUUCAGUCAGUGGAUGUGUUGGAUUUGGGAUAAGGACUCAUUGCUUGGUGUUUAAUGGGAAGUGAUAAGUUGAGCGCUGAUGAGAUGUUUAAGAUUGGAGAUUGAACAAAGUAAAAAAGGAAAGAAACAUAAAUAUUGUUAACAGUUUAUUUAGUGAUAAGCAUGUUUUGCAUAUGAUGUCAUUGACUAUGGUAUUUCUAAAUGUUUAAUAAAAGCUGAAGUACCAA